UCGUUCCGUUCUUCUGACAUCAAUCCUUCACGUGCGAUUGCUAGGAUCCACAUCCGAUCCACUGGAAAGCUUAGCUAGCUAGCUAAUUAACGUUCAACCCAACGAAAUAUCACACUCUGACUUUAAAGUUAGCGUUAACGCUGUCAGUCACUUCAAAUAGUUGGAACACCGUCCUCUUACGGAGUGUUAUUUUGAAAGUUGUAUUUGUUAUUUUGAAAGUUAUGACAGGAAAUGUGGUGCUGUAUUCUAGCUUGCUUGCUUGUGUAGCUUCCAAAGCACAUUGUGCUAGUACUGUGCUACUGCUGCCUCCUGCCAGUAGUGGACUGCCUCUUCAGCUGCUGGGGACUGUGUCGCACAUUUCCCAUAUAUCUGUCGUUUGUCAGCACUUGGUUGCCUUUGGACAAGGACGGUGAGACGUCCAGCUUUGACUGUAAGAACGAAUGUGCCCGAGAGUCUGACACAAGUCUGUUCAAUGGCUACCUCAGGCCCCACCUCUUCUGCCUCCAUCACUGCCACUGUGCCUGAGGGUUUCCAUUAUGAAACCAAGUACAUUGUGCUCAACUAUCUGGGAAUGCUGCCUGUUAGUAGAUCACAGACACUAACCCCAGCUCAAGGGAGAGAAACAUCCAACUUGGAAGGACAUGGCCAGAAUGAGAGAGAAAGGAGCACAAUAAUAAAAGCGCAUGAGGAAGAGAUGAGACAACUGGACGAUGAAAUCGCUGCUUCCUUUUCCACAACAGGCUUUGACCGGCACACAUCGCUGGUGUUUAACCCGGCCAUCCCAGAGACCUCGAUUGAAGACUGCCUUGCUGCAAUGGGAGACCGGCUGGCCGCGGAGCUUGACACACACCUGGCAGCAGCCGUGUACACACUCCUUGCAGGGCCUCUAGACUACCAGAGUUUCAGAGACACAACACAGGAUCUCUCAACACACACACAGGGAGGCUGGAGCAAUGUGCUAGUACCUUUGGUGCUGCUCCAGGCUCUACAAAGCGAGGGCCAGUCACUGACAACUCUGUUGCAUUUGGGGGUGCGCUACCUAGAGGAGGCUGAAGCUGGCUACAUCAUCCAGCAAGGGGGAUGGGGUGAAAUCUUGAGCCUCGAGCCAGAGGAGGAGCGCGGUGUGACCACUGCUGAAGACAGCAACGACAUUUACAUCCUCCCUGACCAGCUCAGCCCCCCCUCCUCGCUGCUCUGCACUGGAGACAACAACAACAGCAGCGAGCAGAGCUCCUGGCAGACGGAAAGCUUACCCGCGUCUCUGGCCGGCCACGAGUCUUGGGCACAGGUUGGUGCGAUGGACCCCGAAGACGUCAAGAGCCUGGACAGCAAUGAGGGCGUGGCUCUGGCCGAGGAGCGCAGCGAAAACAACUCCUCAAACUCGGACAUUGUCCACGUCGAGCGCGAAGAUGCUGAGCUGCUGGAGGAAGGAGGGGAAGUUGGAGCAAUAGACGAAAGCAUGAUGAGCGUUUUAGGCACCGAGAGCGAGCUAGCCGAGCUUAGGGAAGAAUUCAGGGACCAGUCUCCACCUGUUCCAGUGUCAGCCGAGGCAGGCUCCCCAGCCCCGGCCUUCCUGCUUUCACUAGAGGAACCGCUUGUAAUCGAGAAGCCUGCGAGCUUGUCGGCGGAGCCUUCCCUCCUCUCCUUAGAACCAGAGCUGCCUCCCCCGGUCCCUGAAUCUGCUGCUGCUGCUCCCCCUCCUUCUGAGCCAGAACCUGCAGCACCUUCAUCUGUUCCUGCAGUUGAGCCUGAGCCUGAGCUAGAACCAGAACCAUCUGCCCCCACCGCCCCAGUGCCUGCUGAGGUGGCACCACCAUCUCUAGCCAAGGAAACCCCGGCAGAGCCAGCAGAUCCUGAAGCCACCUCAGAACCAGCUCCUGAACCAGAACAGGAGCCGGAGCCCGUUGCAGUGCCUCCCGAGCCAGAGACUGUGGCAGAACCGGAGGCCCCGUCGACUGAACCCCUUGUCCUAGAGGCUGCAGUGGCCCCUGUAGAAUCCCUGGCUGAGGAGCCCCCAGUGCAGCCAAAGCCAGAACCAGAGCUCCCAGUGCUCCUUUAUGGAGGUGCUGCACUGGUGGUCCUUGCUGCUGUAAUGGCAUACGGUGCCGUUAACUACAGGAGGCAUUAGAAAAUCUUUC